AUGGCGAUCACCACCGCGUCUCAACAAGAACGCAAGGAUUCUUCCGAGAGCACGGCAGCAGAGAAAAAGAGGUGGUGCAUCGACGACUUUGAGGUUGGGAAGCCCUCUUGGCAGAGGAAAAUUCGGACAUGUAGCAAAAAAAUUGUGGCACUAAAGGUAUUGUUCAAGGAUCAGCUGAAAGCAUCUCAGGUUGAGGAUCAGCUUCGUCGUGAAGUGGAAAUACAGAGCCAUCUUCGACAUCCGAACAUAUUACGACUCUAUGGUUACUUUUACGAUCAGAAAAGAGUUUAUUUGAUUCUGGAAUAUGCUGCAAAGGGCGAACUCUACAAACAGCUACAAGCUGCUACAUAUAUUGCAUCAUUAGCUCGGGCACUUAUAUAUUGUCACGGGAAGCAUGUGAUACAUCGAGACAUCAAGUCGGAGAACCUUCUUGUUGGGGCACAGUCCAGAUCUUCACGCGUACACAAAUUCUUCUCGCUCAAACAUAAAUUCCGUUCACGUACGUCUGCCAAAGAAUCGCUCAGUCGACAACAAAUUUGCCGACUUUCACGGUCGGAAAAGUUCGAGGCAGAAACACGCACGUCUCCUUCCCCGGACCAAAGUCACGCAACCUUUUUUCUCUGGCAAAAGUCAUCUUCUCCGUGCCACAACAGUCGCUUCCCUGACCAGCAACACAGCACCCUCGCGCAAGCCUCCUUCAGCAUGUCCGACCAAAAUCAGUCACCGACGUGA